AACACUUCCCAACCACGAUGGACAAUUACCCGAGGUCAGCAACCCACACCAAACGCAGCACCAAGGUGAGAGCAGCAUGAACGAGAGGUUAUGAUCAUUAGGAACAAAUAACUGAUUAAUAAUUGCUCUUUGCCAGUUAAUAAUUAGCUCUGUGCCGGUUUUGGGCUGGCCUUUCUGGUGCCAUAAAUGGCAUGGCAGCGGGCAGGGAGAGCCCUCGGUGUGUCAGGCCAUGGCGUUCAGUGGCACCUGGCAGAUCUACGCGCAGGAGAACCUCGAGCCCUUCCUCAAGGCUCUGGGGUUGCCAGAUGACACUAUCAAAAUGGCCAAAGAUAUUAAGCCUGUUGUUGAGAUACAACAAAAAGGCAAUGACUUUGUUGUGACAUCCAAAACACCCAACAAAUCUGUAACCAACUCGUUUACACUUGGCAAAGAGGCUGACAUCACCACCAUGGACGGCAGGAAGCUGAAGUGCACUGUGAACUUGGUGAAUGGGAAGCUGGUGUGCAAAUCAGAUAAAUUCUCUCACGAGCAGGAAGUUAAAGGAAAUGAAAUGGUGGAGACGAUAACAUACGGGGGAGUAACGCUUGUCAGAAGAGGCAAGAAAAUGUGAGACAGGUCCCCUCCUCUGUGACACCUUUACCUACCUGAAAUAAAGUGCACUUUCCACAAGGUGUGAUCUUCUUUUAUCUGAUCAAACAGUACAGGAGAUAACGAUGAUUUCUGCUCUCCUUUCACACGGCAUUUCCCCUUCUUACAGGACUGUGUUUUCCCCUCUGUCCUCAGACA